AUGGAUGUGAAGACUGACUUUCUCAAUGGAGAUCUUACAAAAAAAAUCUACAUGGAGAAAGCAGAAGGUCUUGAUGCUCCAGUUGGUAAAGUUUGUAAACUUAUUAAGUCUCUAUAUGGACUUAAGCAAGCAUCGAAACUCUGGCAUGAGAAGUUCGAUGAGAUUGUUCGCAACAAUGGUUAUCAAGUUAGUGAAUCUGAUAAGUGCCUACACAUCAAGGUCGCUAAAGGAAAGGCACCAACAGAUCUUAUCUCAGCCCCAAAUGCGAAAAAACUAGAAGAAUCCUUCAUGCACUGGAUGAAGGAAGAAAAACUGAAAUUAAAAAGAAUUAACAUUACAUUCCAUGAACUCAAGCUUUUGCUCACUUGCGGAGGGAGGGGGAAAAACUUCUUUGAUGAUAGGCAGAGUUCCUUGAAUACAGUUACAAGAAAUGAGCGUGAACAGGCUGUCAAAACUGAAGCCAUGCUCAACAAAGAUCGAAACAAAGCAAAAGAGCUUCUAUUUGUAUAA